ACUAAGAAUCUGAAGACAGAAAUGGCCUGUGACAGGGUCCAUGCUGCGUUACCUGACCCUCCCAGUCAAAGUGAAGAUGAAAACAAAGAAGAAGAGAUGGUUUUUGGGAAUUUCUUUGCUGAGUUAGAAUCUGUGGAACUGCCUCUAGGAACCACCUUAAGGUCUAUAUAUGAUGACCAGCCCAACGCCCACAAGCGCUUCAUGGAAAAGCUGGAUGCCAGGAUAAGGAACCAUGACCGCGAGAUUGAGAAGAUGUGCAAUUUCCAUCACCAAGGCUUUGUGGACGCCAUCACAGAGCUCCUCAAAGUCCGCGCUGAUGCUGAGAAACUGAUGGGCCAAGUGACGGACACUAAUCGAAGACUACAAGAGGCUGGGAGGGAGGUGACGGCUCAGACGGAGGAGGUGAUCCGCUGUCGGAUCCAGCAGAGGAACAUGGCCACCACUGUGGAGAAGCUCCACCUCUGUAUACCAGUGCUAGAAAUGUACAGCAAACUAAAGGAGCAGCUGGAGUCCAAAAGAUACUACGCUGCAUUGAAAACCAUGGAGCAGCUGGAGAAGGUUUUCAUUCCCAGGGUCAGUCAGUACAGGUUCUGUCAGAUCAUGGCUGAAAACCUGCCAAGACUAAGAGAGGAGAUCAAGGAGAUCUCCAUGUCAGACCUCAAGGACUUCCUGGAGAGCAUCAGAAAACACUCCGACAAGGUCGGAGAGACCGCCAUGAGACAGGCACAGCAGCACAGGACCUUUAACAGUGCAGUAGCCAAGCAGGCCAGCAUGGGCCACUACACCAAGCCUGUGUACUCCCUCAACGGACGGACACACACUCACACCCACAACGGCCUGAUGAUGGAUGACGAAGCGGGAGACGAGGAGGAAGCGGAUGAAGAGAUUCUUACAGCUCAGGACCUGGUGGACUUCUCACCUGUCUACAGGUGUUUACACAUUUACACCGUGCUGGGUGAUCGAGAAACAUUUGAGAACUACUACAGGAAACAGAGGAAGAAACAGGCCCGUCUAGUGCUGCAGCCACAGGCUAACAUGCAUGAGACAGUGGAAGGCUACAGAAGAUACUUCAAUCAGAUAGUAGGGUUCUUUGUUGUUGAGGACCAUAUCCUCAACGCCACGCGGGGUCUGGUGACCAAAGCUUUCACCGAUGAACUGUGGAACAUGGCCCUGUCCAAGAUCAUCGCUGUGCUCCGAACGCAUUCUUCAUACUGUGACGACCCAGACCUGGUCCUGGAGCUGAAGAAUCUCAUAGUCAUCUUCGCUGACACACUACAGGGUUAUGGUUUCCCAGUCAACCGGCUGUUUGACCUGCUGUUUGAGGUCAGAGACCAGUACAAUGAAACUCUCCUGAAGAAGUGGGCGCUGGUUUUCAGGGAGAUCUUUGAGAUGGAUAACUACAGUCCCAUCCCAGUGGAAACAGAGGAGGAGUACAAACUGGUAGUCAGCCGCUUUCCCUUCCACGAUGCUGAGAUAGAGAAGCAGGACUUUCCAAAGAAGCUGCCAAUGUCCCAGUCUGUCCCUCAGAUCUACACACAGGUCAAAGAGUUAAUUUACGCCAGCCUCAAGUUCUCUGAGUCACUACACCGGAGUUCUACAGAGAUUGACGACAUGUUGCGCAAAUCUACCAACCUGCUGCUGACAAGAACGCUCAGCAGCUGUCUCCAAAACCUCAUCAAGAAACCACAUAUAGGACUGACUGAGCUGGUGCAGAUCAUCAUCAACACCACCCACCUGGAGCAGGCCUGCAAGUAUCUGGAGGAGUUCAUCACAAACAUCACCAAUGUCUCCCCCGAAACAGUACACACCACAAGACUCUAUGGCUUAUCCACGUUCAAGGAUGCUCGUCACGCUGCGGAGGGAGAGAUUUAUACCAAACUCAACCAGAAGAUUGACGAGUUUAUCCAGCUAGCAGACUAUGAGUGGGGAAUGUCUGAGUCCGACGGCCGUGCCUCUGGAUACCUCAUGGACCUGAUCAACUUCCUGCGUUCUACUUUCCAGGUCUUCACACAUCUCCCGAAUAACAACAAUGACCAUGCGUCGAUGUCGGGUAAAGUGGCCCAGACAGCUUGUAUGUCAGCCUGCAAGCAUCUGUCCACAUCACUGAUGCAGAUGCUGCUGGACUCAGAACUCAAACAGAUCAGUAUGGGGGCCAUUCAGCAAUUCAACUUAGACGUCAUCCAGUGUGAAUUGUUUGCCAGUUCAGAGCCGGUCCCUGGCUUUCAGGGAGACACCCUCCAGCUGGCCUUCAUCGACCUACGACAGCUCCUGGAUCUGUUCAUGGUGUGGGACUGGUCAACUUACCUGGCAGACUACGGCCAACCAACCUCCAAAUACCUGAGAGUGAACCCAGCCACCGCCCUGGCUCUACUGGAGAAGAUGAAGGACACCAGUAAGAAGAACAACAUCUUCUCUCAGUUCAGGAAGAACGACAGAGACAAACAGAAACUGAUAGAGACUGUGGUCAAACAGCUGAGGAGCCUGGUCAACGGAAUGUCCUCCUAAACACACACAAACACACACACACACACACACACACACACACACACACACACACACACACACACACACACACACACACACACACACACUCACACACAGAAGAGAUUGUGCGUCACAUGCACACACUGGACUGCCAAGAUGCUCACAGUGGAAGGAGAUGUUCGCACAUGUAAUGAAGUGAUAACACACAACAUGACAGUGACACUAGGAGAAUUUAAACACACACACAUAUGGUAACAAAAAAGGGACAGAUAGGCCGCUUACACACACACACACACACACACACACACACACACACACACACACACACACACACACACACACACACACACACACAUCAUCACGUGAAGGCACAGCAAUACACUCACUGUACAGGGCAUGCAGGGAACACACUGAAUACUCAAUGUAAAUAACACAUACAUACUAAACACUUUACUGGACUCUUCACAGGAACAGUAAUAUGUUUAGAAAGUAUUUUUAAUGGCUAUGAUAAGACAUGUUAUUAUGUUUGUACAUUGGUGAGAGUGUAACGAUUGUAUCUUCAGAGGGAGAGAACGCUACAGCAGAGGAAGUGAUGCUCAUAAGUACUGGGACAAUGAGGUCAAAGGUUGUAGCAGGGACCCUGAUGAAGCUACUUUAAAGCUAACGCUUGAUGUAACGCCCGGCUAUAUCCUUCCAUCAGAAAAACAGAGAGAAAACAGAAGAAGGUAUUAAUUAAAUUGGUACAUUUAUGGAAUACCUAAAAAUAGGUAAAUCUAACACAAAAUAAAUUCUAAUUAGCUUAAAUCAGGUCAGAGAGUAUUACAUAACAUCAUGGCGUUUUUGGAAAAUUGCAUGCCAUCAGUCAGGUGUCCAUUAUUCUUCACAUCAUAAAUUUGAGCAAUAUCUGAUCAAAUAUGUGUAGUUACAUUUCCCCUCAGUGUAUGGCUGCAUCUUGAAUGUACAAUUAUUUAAAAGUAUUUUUUUAAUUGUAGUAAAAGAGCAUUGUACAAAAAGACAAAUUAUACGUUUUGGUUUUUAAAAAACGCUAAAAAAUAAUACAAAUUUUGCUUUAUUCUUUUUAUGUGUUUAAUAAUUGAUUAAUCAAAGUAAUAAUACAUUCAUCGAUUAUCAAAGUAGUUGUUGGUCAGCCCAGUUCAACUCAUUGUCCCAAUACUUCAACUGUUGUUACUGUGUAUUGUGUGUGUGUGCUGAAACAAAGUGAUACUGAGCUCAUAGGUGGAUGGAGGAACGGAUUAAUGGAUGAUGACGUUUCAAAAGACUGAUGUUCAUGAAAAAAAAAAAAGAGAAGCUGUGCUGAACUCCUUGGUGGCUUUGCUUGCUGUUUGUCUCCUUUUCUGCCUCACAUUGAGCAUUUAAACCAAGCCCCUGAGACAGAGCCUCACAGUGACCCAGCAUGGAGGAUCUCAGUUAGGGGGGGUGAGUCUUUGACACCAAGAUUUUAGUUUGAAUAGUCACAUGUUCUCUGCACAUGAGUGUCAAAAACAAGGGUGGAGAUCUGAAAAGUGUCUUUUUAAAUUAUUUGGACCAUCUUGGACAACACAACACAGCAAUCUGCCAAAUAAUACAAUCUUUUACAACAUCGCACAUAUUCAUGCAGACACACAGGCCUGACCAGUGCAGGUUGUUGUACUGGAUUGUAUUGACUGCAUUGGUGGACUUAUCUUGGUUUUGGUCAGCAAAGGCUCCAAGGAGCUGAUGAGGAUUUUGGUAUGGUGUCGUAGUGACCUCUGCAUGAGGCAAUCUUAAUGGAGGGUUUGCAUGUGAUGUCACCAUAUGAGAAAUUUACCAGUCACAGAAACUGAUCUAGUGCUAACAUGCUAUCUGUAUCUGGCUAUGUAUGGUGUAAACGCAAGCAAAACAUGAUGCCAGGGGAAAGUGAUUGUAGUUUCAUUCUAGUACAAUCUCAGCCAGGUGCAAAUGACAGCUUGAGGGUUUUGGAAAAGAUAGAAAAAUCUGAAAUCAGACAGGUUAGACGAGCUAGCCCUACUGCUAAUAAGCUUCUCCAGUGGCUCUAAAGACCUUAUUAAACUCAAAUGAUAUUCCUUUCGUCCUCGCAACAUCAUUUCUUUCAUGUCCACAAUGUAAGAGCUCACAAUUUAUGCUUGAGUCCUACGUAGACACCAAGUGUAGUGUAUAUUAAGCCGCAUCCGCUGCCUGAGUGUUCAUCUGACCUUUAGGUAACUACAGUUAAUGCUCACAUGGUUUUCUUCAUAUUACAUUCAAGAUGUGCACAGGCCAAUAACGUCCUGCUGCAGAGCUCCAAGCCCAGGCAUCUGCCAGUGAAUUUGUUAAUGUUAGCUAACGUUAGCUAUGCUAAUGGAGUUAACAUACUAACAUUAACGUUAGCGCAAAGGGGAAAAAAAUUCAAAAAGCUCAACUUAAUCAUUUCAGCUAACGUGCUAAGAAUAUUAGCUACAUAGCUAGCUAACGUUAGCAAACUCAUUAGAUUAGUACGCGUACGCUCACGGCUAUGCCAACAUCCAGAUACAGAUCACGUGUUAUUGGGGUCAAAUCUUCCAGGCAAAUUUUCAACAUCCACAGACCAACUGACUCGUCGCGCACGUCCACGUUACAUCUGAUGACCAUCACUUGUACAAUACUUUUACAGACGAUGUUUCUUUUCCAUCUUCAUGCCAACGGUGACAUCAGUGCAUGCCCUCUUCCUCCCUCUGUAAAUCCUGUCGGUUGUAUGGUAAGGACAUUAUUUAUGUAACAUUGACUGCAGUUUCGUCUUACAACCUUCUCAAACUACUUGAUUCAUGCUAACAAGAAAACAAGGCCACAUGGGAAAUUGUGUUAUUGGUGAUUAUAUAUAUAUAUUUAACAGUUCAAUAAAUUGCAUUCUAAAUUCUUUUUUUUGUUCCUCAGGGUGAAAUGAAGCUUUAGAAUCUUAUAACCCAUGUAUAUUCACAAAGCACAGCAAUAAUGAAUUGGCGGCUUUACAGCCUUGUGGGCGGGUUGAUGCUUAUCUAAAACCUGCACAUGACAAAAAUUUAUGACAAACAUUUUGUAAUGAGACAGUUUCUAUUCUGUUUAUGUUUUGGGUCUGUGCUCCUUUUCCAACAGGCAGUUUUGCACUGAAACUUGAUUUUUGUUUUUGUUGUUGGCUUUUUUAAAGUUGCUUGUAAAUGCCAAUGUAUAUACUGCAUAUUUUGUAAAGAAAAUAUUGCAGCUGUCUGUCUGCGACAAACAGAACUGGAGGUUGACACUGUGAUAUGCACCUCCAUCAACAAAUAUGUAAUUAGUAAGAGUAUGCAUUUGUUGCUUACUUGGUGAACACAGUUGAGUACAGUGUGAGGAGUUCAAUGAUUUUUGUUGGUACCUUCUCUCCACUCAUGUGCAUGGUUAAGAUAUAAAAAAUGCCAUAGUAUGUUCUAGCAUAGACCCUGUGUAAUAUUCCAAUAGUGCUCCAAAGUAGUUCAACUAAAUGCUCAUAAAUGUUAUCCAAAUAAAGAACGGUUCCAAAUUCA